AGUGCCUCUAACUGCUGACAAUGUGAAAACCUCCAGCCAUGAGAACAGGCAACACACAGGCUGCCCAUGCAACAAAUAUGGGCCAGAUGCAGACCCUGGUUCUAUUCUCAACAUUGCUGACCCUCUGUGUCUCUGAAGCAAGCCCUGAGGUGUGGGUGCAAGUCCAGAUGGAGGCCACCAACCUCUCGUCUUUCUCAGUUCACUGUGGGGUCUUAGGAUAUAGCCUCAUCUCCCUGGUAACAGUGAGCUGUGAAGGAUUUGUUGACGCUGGAAGGACCAAACUAGCUGUGUUACAUCCAGAAUUUGGUACCCAGCAGUGGGCUCCUGCCAGGCAGGCCCACUGGGAAACCCCAAACAGCGUCUCUGUCACUCUGACCAUGGGACAAUCCAAAGCAAGAAGCUCUCUAGCCAACACCACAUUCUGCUGCGAGUUUGUUACCUUUCCUCAUGGUUCCAGGGUUGCCUGUAGAGACCUGCAUAGAUCAGAUCCAGGACUCUCUGCCCCAACUCCAGCCCUCAAUCUUCAAGCAGACCUGGUGAGGAUCUUGGGAACCUCAGGAGUUUUCCUGUUUGGUUUCAUCUUUAUACUAUGUCUCCGGUGGCAGCAGAGGCAUUGGUGUUUGAGUAAAUCUCAGCCAUCUCUCACUAGCACCCAGGCACAGGUGGAGACUCAGGAUUACCCAAGUUCCACUCAAUGUUUGGAUGUGGGUCUCUGCAUCAGCUUCUAAGAGUUGCUGGAUGAAGCCCCUCUGAUAAGAUUUAUGCAAGGCUCCUUGUCAUGUUUGCCUUUCUGCUGGGUUAUAUCACUAAGGAUGAUCUUUUCUAGUUCCACCCACUUGCCUGAAAAUUUCAUGAUGUCAUUGUUUGUAAUGACUAAGUAAUACUCCAUUAUGUAAAUGUACCACAUUUUAAAAAUCCAUUCUUCCUUUGAGGGACAUCUAGUUUGUUUCCAGUCUCUGGCUAUUAUGAAUAAAGCUGCUAUGAACAUAAUUGAGCAAGCA